ACAACACGCGGAGGCUUUUUAAAAAAUAUAUACACUGAAAUUAUCCUUUCAUCGUCGUUUCGUGUUUAUCAAACUGCUCCUGUCUACGUAAGGAAUCAGCCUAGAUAACAUUGUCCACUCUACUUUGGGAAAGGAGCAAAAAGACUACAUUACCCAUCAACCUCAGCGCCGGAAACGAGUGUUUUCGUCUCAUGCGCUUCCGCAAGCUGCUGGAAGGCAAAGAGCGCGGGUGAUUUUGAGUCUGACAGACGGGGAGGGCAAAGUUCAGGGGGUGGCAGGGGUAGGGAGUCAUGUCUCUCUCGUUAGUUGAGUCGCGAUGGCCUGAGCAUCUUGUCCCGCUGAAAGAAGUGGAUAACUUGUUGCGCUGUGGGAUAUGCUUUGAUUACUUCAAUAUUGCAAUGAUUAUUCCUCAGUGUUCACAUAACUAUUGUUCACUCUGCAUUCGUAAAUCCCUGUCAUACAAAGCUCAAUGCCCUACAUGUUGUGUGGCAGCAACAGAACCUGACCUGAAAAAUAACCGGAUAUUAGAUGAACUGGUAAAAACCUUUGGUUCUGCAAGACUGCGGCUGUUCGAGGUGGUCUGGGAUUCCGCACUGUUUUCUUCUCCAAAGCUGCUUACCAAAAAUGACUCUGCCCAAAGCCGUGUUUUGACAUCCUCAAUUGGUUUUGUUUUAAAACAAGAAAAGCAAUUUACAGAUACCGUUUUAGUUAAAGAAAACUUUCACACCCCUAGAAGACACUUAAAGCCACCUGACAGGGAAACUAAAAAGAUCAAAAUAAAGCAGGAGGAGAGCCCAUGUGGUUCUGAAGAGUGCCAUGAGACAUUUGGCACAGAAGAAGCAAGCACAAGUCCUAUAGCAGGCACUAGAAACCCUGAAACGCCUUCCACAUCUGCAACAAAAGUUAUUACAAAGGUGGAGUGCCCUGUCUGUGGUGUUCCUAUUCAAGAACUUCAUAUAAAUAAGCACCUUGAUGGCUGCCUGAUAAGAGAUGAAAAGAAGGACAGUCUCCGAAGCUCUGGACACAAAAGAAAGUUACUGCCUAAAGUGGUGUACAAUUUAUUGUCUGACCGUGAUCUGAGGAGAAGACUGAAGGAACAUGGGCUCUCCACGCAGGGAACGAAACAACAGCUUAUUAAAAGACACCAAGAGUUUGUGCACAUGUAUAAUUCAGAGUGUGAUUCUUUGAAUCCUAAAUCAGUUGCUGAAAUUGUGAAAGAGCUGGAAAGCAAUGAGAAGACUCGAGCACAACUGGAAUCCAGUAAACCUAUGGAAGAUAGCAUGACAUUUACAAAGCACCAGACAGAAAAUGAAAUAGAUGAAAUUCAUAGAGAUUAUCGGAAAAAACACAAAGCUGAAUUUCAGCUUUUAAUUGACCAAAUGAAUAAGAGAAAGAAAAACACAAGUCAAAUAAAGGAGAAAGGAUCAGAGCUGGAAGAAGCAACUGCUGAAGAACUACCUGUAGAGACUGGAGAAAAACGAAGUGUUGAAGAGCAAGCAGAUUGGAUCUCCAAAACAGACACUCUUGAUUGUGGAAGAAGCCAAUCUCUUGAUUGGUCUGAAGUCAAACAAUUGUCUUCUACCUCCUCCUAUCAGUCAUUUGAAUCUUCGAACAGCUCAAGUUCAGACAUCAUAAGAGAUCUGGAGAUUGCUGGGAUGUGUUCAGGUUCAUCAGAUCACAACAGUUUCCCAGAUAUGAAAAUGACCAAGCAAAAAUCACAACGGUCUAGAAGCAACUCAUUAUUGUCUAAGAGUAAGCGAAGAAAAAAAUAGCAAAGAUAACUCCUAUUAUCUUGUGUUAUGGAAACUUCUAAAAUGCCUUUACUUCCCCCAAAGUCCCUGACUGUAAGCAUCCCACUUCUAAAUACAUUUACUUGGUAGUAAGUCACAUUGAUAGCAAGGCAAAUAGCUUCUAAGUAAAUGUGCCUUUACUGUCUAAAGUACUGAAACAAAUGUAUAUAUGUGUUAUGUAAGAAUUAUUUAAAUCAUUGACAUUUAAAAUGUUUUCUCAUAAUAUAAGCCGCUUAUGUAGGUAAUAUGCUUUUCAUCUACCUGCAUCCCCACCAACCAUUACCCAUUUUGCCUCAUAAUACUGGAUAUCGUUUGGGAUGCUUUGCUUAUUUAACACUUGUGGCUGGACCAUUGUUUCCUUACGCACAAGAGGAGCCUGAUUCACAAGCAUUUUAGGGGGGGAAAUGUUGUUGUCGUUCAGCUGUUUUAUGUAAAGACAAGUGUUAGCUUUGUAGGCCUUCUUGAUCCGCCUGGAGUAAAUAGCAGUAUCAGACUAGAAUCAGUUGCUCUUUUUUUUGGUAAGAUUCUUUGACCUCCACACUUUCUGUGGAAAACACUGUAUCUUCUUAAAGACUAGAAUUUUGAGACUGAAAAAUAAAAUUAAUUCAGUGACUCUCAUUGUUUUAAAAGAUUGCCUAACACAGGGCUGGGGGACCUGUGGCCUUCCAGAUGUUGCAGGAGUACAACUCCCAUCAUCCCUGACCAGAGUGGAGCUGAUGGGAGUUUCAGUCCAACAACAUCUGGAAGGCUACAAGUUCCCAUUCCCUGGAUUAACAAUCAGACUUGAAACCCUUGCUCCAUAAGAUUCCUAUUGAUUAUACUUUCUUUAAAAUAAUUCUUCUAACGCUCUUGCAUGAGAGAGAAUACUGGAGAGGCUACUCCUAUUCCUUACUGAUGUUCUAUUAGCCAACUAAUAAAAGAUUUUAAUUUUAGAUUUUAUCUGACAUAGCUGUAAAAAUAUUUAGCAGUGUGUACAUAUGCAAUUACAAGGUUUUUUUACUUUCUCUUAAAACAAUAAAAUAUAUUUAUUUGUUUAACGUCAAAGAUCAACAAUUUUUGGCUGGCUUUCCUUAGCAGAUGCAAGCUAAGGUUCAAGGUUUGUAUGUGCUUGUACCCAUCAGACUUCAGUGGCAGGAAGAUCUGUUUUGCUAUGACUCACCUUCUUUCCCACAUCUUUUACCUGCUGUUGUAUUGGGCUUACAUACUGCAGCAACUAGUUGGCAGAUCACUUGUGGCACCACUAGGAUGGAGUGUGUCUCUCUGUGUAUGCUUUCAAAGUUCUUUGCAAGGAUGUCUCUUUGCCACAUAGAUAUUAAGCAUUCAUAUCAAGGCCUUGCUUAGACCUAAAUCUGGCAACUGCCUAGUAUGUGCAAGUACACUAAAGAAAAUUACAAGUGAUACGUUGUGAAGUAACAACUGUUUGUUUAAUCAGCUAUCACCCUGCAGUCAAAUUUCAUUGCUGAUGAGAUGCCCUAGAGAUUUGGCUUAAAGGGCAAACAUACCUCAUUUUUUUAAGGUUACAGACUUUUUGCCAACUUAUUUGUUGUGAUAUCGUUUGGGAUUUAAACUUUAUAAAACAUGAUUAUUGAGAAAAAAUAUUAUUGAGAAAAAUUCCACACAGUGUCAUUUUUGUAUGGACAAAGUGCCAUUUAUUUGGCAUUCUCUAGCAGCAUUUCACCACUUUGCUAGUUUUCAUUCCUAUUGUCGUUUUGCUUCUGGGAUGCACUACGUACUAAU